AAAAAACAUAACCCCGUUAAAAUUCUUAUAUGUUUCUCUGUGUGCAGUGUUGAUCUGGUGCACUGCGUCUACUUAAAUUAAUUGUUUUACUUCGAUCUAUAAAAUCAUAUUCUAAUUCAAGAACUCAAGUGUUAUCAGUGUAAUGAUGGCUGAUUCGACAGCAGAUCAACGGAUGACAUGCAGAUUCGGCGUACGAUGCUAUCAGAAAAAUCCAGAACAUCACAAGAAAUUCAAGCAUCCACCUAAGAGAGGAAAUCAAGAUAUAAAAGCAGUGGAUGAAUCACAAGCUAAAAGACCUAAAGUUUUUGAUGCAAGAGCAAAAAUUGAUCAGAAAAUAAAUGUCAAACAUACUGAAUCAAGAGAUAAAAUUCCUCCAGCUGCACCUUCUGCAACUGUGUCUAGAAAUAUAGCAAAGUUUUCGAAUAACAUCUCCGCGUCUGAGAGUGAAGAUGAUAAUUCAAAUUCAAACGAUUCAGUGUUAAAUGAGAACGUGAGCAAACAAAUUGGAAAGAAAUCUGAAUCAAAUGAGAAGAUUUACAAAGACUUAAAACCACAAGAAUUUAUUAAGGAAAAGUUUCUGGUUGAUAUGCCUGAAGAUUUUUAUAAGUUUUGGGACUUUUGUAAGAGUAUUAAUGAAGAUGAACCCAGUGCUGCUCUGCAGGAUGCUGAUUUAAUGCUAGUUGGACCUUUUGAUGCUUUGAAUGGUAAAUUUGCUAAUUCAGAGAAGGAAUUUACAGAAGAUGAGUUUCUAGUUCAUUGGAGAUAUUAUUAUGAUCCACCAGAAUUUCAAACUGUUUUGAAGGGUAAUGAUAAAACCGGUUAUCAUCUUGGUUAUUUCCGAGAUGAUCCCGAAGAGAAACCUGUUUUUAUGGCGUGCAAUUCAGCGCAGAAAGAUGGUCUGAUUACUCCUAUGGGUGAUAAUAUAUUUGCGGCUGUGUGUUUAUAUUUAGAGGAACAAGAAAAAACUUGCAAUCCAUUUCAAAAAUUAAAAGUAAGUAACUUAUUAAAAGCGUUUAGGAAGGAAGCAGAAAAUUUACAAUACUCACUAAUGAAGAAAACAGAAAACAUGAAAGCCCGAGAGCGGAAAGCCGUAGCUAGGACUUUUAACAAAGUUGGUCUCGUUGUGCCCUUCAAUCGAAAGACAGAAGUAGGAUAUCGUGACUUGUACAUGGAAGAAAAAGAACUGAGUAAAACCUUGCAAAGAAUUAAAGAAAUCGGCGACCCAGAAUCCCAGGAAAGCAUGUUCGAUAAACUCCAGCCGCUUUUCACCUACACCAGCAUCGCAAUCGACGAGUGCGACUUUGGCACGGGCGUUGAACUAGGCUGGGACCUACUCUUCUACGGCAUCGAUGCCCUCAACAACACAACUGCCCGUUUUCUACGUACUUCAUACGAACUACUAAACCGCGAACCUUUUGCAACAAUCAUCACUGCACACAUGGCAAACAGGCGUAAAGGGUGUAAGCUAAGUAUUUUGUAAAAAAAACCACGAAACAAUUGCUUAAACCAUUUUUACGCUUCUCUUUUAAUAUAAAAUAUAUAAUAAUAGUCAACACUCAAGUAAGAUAAUGUAGAAUUUGCAUUUUUUAAAGAUUUACAUGAGAAAUGAACUGUAAUUUAAUACAAAAAAUUUAAGAUUUGAAUUCUCACCCGGUUGAAACUCGGAUCUCGUCGAGUGAGUGUGCCAAAAGCCAAACUGAUUACUUCCUGUUGGCAAUACGACGGCCGCGACCUCCGCAAAAAUCUAAACGCAAAAAAUAUAUCAACUCAUUAAAUUAUUUAUUAUAAUAUAUACGUACUGGUUUCUGUAUUUCGCCAAUCGGAUCUUGGUGGCCCCCCUUUGUGCACGCGCUUGUUGGUAACUGUCGACCAGGAAUCAGCUUCGCUCGACUGCAACGAGGAGCUUACAGAUUGCACGUCAAUCCACCCUAAAUCCUACAAGGCAAAAUAUGUAAUAGUAAUAAGUAACGUAAUUUUUUGUACUUUUUAAUAUAACAUACUGGAUCAUUAGACAUUGUGGAACGGUCAUCGAAAUCAACUGUACUUAUGUUGGAUCUGUAUGACUGAUUAUCGCUGCUCACAUGCGAUUCACUCUGAAAACCAUUUAAUCAAAAUAUUUAUAGAAUAUGUAUGAAUGGAAUAAAUAUAAGUAUAAGAAAACAAA